UACUGUCACUUUGUUUGUCAUCCCUGAAUUUUGUCAAAAAGUGCUCGUGAAGAUUUGUGAAAACGUGUGAUUUUACAAGACUUUCUUGCAAUAUGUUCGCAAUCAAGUAAAAGCCAGGUAUUUGACAGCAGUAUUCAGAAUGGCUCGUCACCGCGACUUUCGAAAUAGGACUUAUUCCGACGACUAUGACGACGACGAUGUUUACGGACACUCCGUGGAAGAUGAAAGUUACAUGUCGCCGAGCGACACAUCUCAGUGGAUAUACGACAGAAGUCGUAACCAGCAGGCCAUCACACAUUUCAUGCAAAGUCAUAACAACAUCGAAGAAGAGCCGGAGGAAGAUUUGGCAGACACAAGUCACCCUGCACUAGAGCGACGUGAGUCCAUGGACUUCCGCAGCCUCAACCUUGAGGAAGAGGAUGAAGCCAAGCUCAUGUCAUGCUUAGAUGAACUUAGAAAUGUUAUAGGUGAUACUGUUUCAGACAACAUUCUCAUACAAACUGUUAUAAAGCACAACUUUGACUUCAGUAAGUCCCUCGAUGAUAUUUUAAAUAGAAAGAGUAGAGACCCUGAGGUUCCUAAACCAGAACCUGUUAAGCCUGUAGUUGUUAUAGAUCCAGUAAAAGCUCCAGUAAUAUCUACUGUAGCUCCAAAAGUUAUAGCUACUAAUUUAGAACCAAAGACUGUUGGAAUUGUGAAAGGUUUUAAAGUUGGGCAAGAUGGCAGCUCCAGUAGUCGUCCACAGACCCCAAGAGACCAAUCUCCUUGUACUGACAGGUUAUCGAGGACUGAUCCGGCUGAUGAUGUAAGAGUCACACCUAAGGUAAAGGAAAAUAAACUGGAUCCUAAUGCACAGUAUGCAAGUGAGCGGGGAUCAGACAAGGACCACUUGUACAUAGUUGUGAUAGGUCAUGUAGAUGCAGGCAAGUCUACUCUGAUGGGACGGCUGCUCUGUGAGCUUGGAGAAGUUAGUCAAAAAACUCUGCACAAAUAUGAACAAGAGAGCAAGAAAAUUGGCAAGCAAAGCUUCAUGUAUGCGUGGGUGUUAGAUGAAACUGGAGAGGAGAGAGUAAGAGGCAUCACAAUGGAUGUGGGCAAAGCACAAUUUGAAACAAAGACAAAGAGGGUGAUUAUAUUAGAUGCACCUGGUCAUGCAGACUUCAUUCCUAAUAUGAUUACUGGUGCAGGUCAAGCUGAUGUGGCUUUACUUGUAGUGGAUGCCACAAGAGGUGAGUUUGAGUCAGGAUUUGACUUUGGUGGUCAGACAAGAGAGCAUGCCCUUCUAGUGCGCUCACUAGGCGUGAGUCAGUUAGCUGUAGCAGUUAACAAAUUAGACACAUCAAAUUGGUCUCAAGAAAGGUUUAAUGAGAUCACAAAAAAACUGAAAGUUUUCCUAAAACAGGCUGGUUUUAAGGAUUCUGAUGUAAGUUAUGUGCCUUGCUCAGGAUUAACUGGGGAGAACUUGGUAAAGCCUCCAACUGAAGCUGAAUUGCUGCAAUGGUACAAUGGCCCUUGCUUACUUGAUGUUAUUGAUAAAUUCAAUGUGCCUGAGAGGCCAGUAUCAAAGCCUUUACGGUUAUCCAUAAAUGAUGUGUAUAAAGGCACUGGGUCAGGCUUCUGUGUAGCUGGGCGCAUCGAAAAUGGUGUGAUCAACAAAGGAGAUAAGGUGUUAGUAUGCCCUACAAAAGAAAUGGCUGAAGUGAGAAAUAUAAGUAUCAAUGAAAUGACAAGCAAUGUUGCAUUUGCUGGAGACCAAGUCAGCGUGACAUUAUCUGGAGUAGACAUGCAGAAUGUAUCUGUGGGAUAUGUCCUGAGUGACCCUAUCCAACAAGUACCCGUUACGACACGAUUCGAAGCUAGAAUAGUAGUUUUUAAUGUUAAGGUUCCUAUCACAAAAGGCUUCCCUGUACUCAUUCAUCAUCAGUCUCUUGUUGAGUCUGCAAACAUUGUGAAGUUGAAGGCUUUGUUGAACAAAAGCACUGGGGAGCUGAUAAAGAAGAAGCCUCGUUGUUUGGGCAACAACUGCGUGGCUGUCGUCGAGAUAGAGGUGUGCCGGCCGAUUUGUGUGGAGCGCUACAAGAACGUGAAGGAGCUGGGUCGUGUGAUGCUGCGCGUCGCCGGCACCACGAUAGCUGCCGGCCUCGUCACAGACAUCGUCAACACCUGAUCGAUCUGAUAAGCUUAUCAUUGUUUAAACGUUAUGGCAUCUUACAUAAAAUGUAGCCUUCAUAUUACCCUAGGUAAUAAGGUUCUAACUAGGCUUGAUUGUUUUAGUAUAAUUUUUUAUAGUACAUUUUUUAGUCUUUCAUGUCUUAUGAAGUUAAUAUAUACUCACUCUGUUAACGUGAAUUGCUAUUUAUUUGCGCCAUGUUAUGUAACAAAGUUUUAUUAUUAUGCAAGAGGUAUGAAGCAUAAUGUUUUUAUCAGUUUAUAAAGUCGUGAUUGACUGGAAGUUAUAAGAUCGCGAGGCAAUAGUAAUUGGUAUUACUCAUAGUUUAUUUGCAUUUUCAGAUCGAUGGGCGGUCGAAGGAAUUGUUUCUUUGUGUUUAAACAAAACUUAGCUUGCUAGAUAAGAUCACCCAUUGAUUAUCGCGAAUUACCAAUUACGAUGACUUGCCUCUUGUUGGUGAUAAUUUAGGUAGAAGUUCUAUUAAAAUGUCAAGAAUCCUUACAGGUUUAUGUUAUAGUUGCCAUAACAACACACUGCACAUAACGAGUGUACAAUAAUGUAUCGUGCUAUAUAACAAAUGGUUAUAUUUAAUUAUUACUUUUAAAAUAUUAUUUAUAAUGCCAAUAAAUUUGUUGUAAUAGUU